GGCCAUUGACAUGACGGACGCAGCAGCAGAGCUACCAUUCCAUUUCUACUACAGACAGAGCGACCGCCCACAAGCCCAAUCCCAUCAAGGCAAUGCGGUGGACUUCAUCAUCUUACCAGGAAACCCUGGAUGCAUGCAAUUCUACAAACCGUUCGCCGAUUGUUUGUUCGAGAAAUGCGACCGCAGUGCUAGCGUCUACGUUAUUAGUCACCUCGGACACAGCACGACAUCACACGCUAAAGCCGAAAUCGACGAGGACGACCGGCGUUCCGUCCAGUCACAGAGUGACUGGAGCGGCGACGACCUCUCGAUUGUGGACCUUCAAGUGUUACAAAAACUGACAUUCCUUAGAUCCCACGUCAAUCCCGAAUCGACUCUCAUUCUGAUUGGUCACUCCGUUGGCUCCUACAUCCUUCUCAAAAUGCUGCCUCAUAUCGAUAGGAGGAGAAUAGGAAAAGCCAUUUUUCUCUUCCCGACUAUAUAUCGUAUUGCUGAUACGCCUAAUGGUCGGUGGCAGAGACCAUUCUACACGAGACAUAUGUGGAUACCACUGCUGUUUGCUAAUUUGGUAUUGCGCAUGCCCAGAUGCUUACUCACGCCUCUCAUUGGGAUGUACAUGAGGUGGGAGGGGACAUCUUCUGAGUAUAUCCAUCAGAUGACUAAAGGAGUUUUGGAAAUGGGAGACAGUAGCGUGUUAAAGGCUAUGCUGACGAUGGGCGAAUGCGAGAUGCUUCAAAUUAAUGACUUCAGUGCUAAUAGUCGACAGACUAUUCUCGAUUUCAAUGACAAGUGUUCGUUUUACUACGGUGCAUCAGACAAAUGGGCACCCGAAGAAUGGGUUCGGUACUUCUCUGAGCAAUUUCCGCAGGCCCAUGUGCACAGAUGUGAUCCGGACAUAAAGCACGCGUUUGUUCUUUCGUCAUUUGAGGAAGUAGCUGACAUGGUGCUUGAAUGUAGUAGUGACAUCUUAUUAAGCUGAUAAUACCAGUAUGUAGCACACAGAAUGAGUAUCAGGUCUGACAAUGUUAUGUACAGUAAUACUCAUCUCAUAGUUGAAUUAUAGUGUCGGUGUCAUGAUUUUGAUGAGUGUAGAAGUA